AUGAUUUCUUUAAAAUAUUUUCUUGUUGUGUUUAUCGUGCAAUAUGUUAUUCAAUUCACGUAUUGCCAACGUGAGAUGAAGUUUUUCCGGAAAGACUACAAAUACAUGGAAGAUGCGCAAGCGUUCUAUAAAAUCCAUACGAUUCACAGAACAUGGGAAGAUGCUAAAGAGGCCUGCUCUAAAGAAGGGGCGUUGCUUUUCUACCCUAAUGAUGAUGAUGAGGCCAACAUUGUCUUAAACUUUUGGAACAAUACGCAACCAUUCAGUUGGGUUUUUAUUGGAAUAUCGACUCCUAAUGUUAAACAAGUGUUUGAAACUGUAGACGGUGUGCCGAUAACGAAUGUUUACAAUAGAUGGGGUCCUGGUGAGCCUAACGAUGCUGGUGGAGAAGAGGGAUGUGUAAUACUGAGAAGAGAUGGUACACUAAAUGAUGACAACUGUGAACGCAAAUAUCCAUUCAUAUGCAAGAAGACUUUGAGUACGCUUGAAUGGAACGUCUAUUGCGAUAUACCAGACAUGAGUUACGAAUAUAAUAAAAACCUCGGCAGAUGUUAUAAGUUCCACCUGACACCUUCUAAUUGGACUGACGCCUACGCUACGUGUAACACUGAACUUUCUUAUUUAGCUGUAAUUAACUCACAAGCCGAGGCAGAUUAUUUAAAGGAGUUAACAGAAAAAGCUAAAAAACAUGAAGUACAAGGAGAUUUUUUGCGAGGAGCUGUGCAUUUAGGAUUCAGAUUAAGAAAAAACAAAUGGCAAACUAUAAUUAAUAAUAUGCCGUUAGAGGACAGCGGAUAUAGUAAAUGGGGAGGAGGUCAACCCGACGGUAAAGGGCAGGAGAUGUGUGGUUCUAUGUUUUACAAUGGAAGUCUCAACGACAUCGGCUGCGAUCGACUUUUAUUCUUUAUUUGCGAACAUGAAAUAGAUCUUCUUCGUAACGACUUCAUCCUAAGGUUUGGUGAUGUGUUCACGGGAAAGCCGCCACCAGCA